AUGUGGUCGAGUCGGAACAUUCUUGCAGCGCUGGCCUUGGUGCCAUUGAGCGCUGCCUUCAACAACCCCCCCGGGGUGGACAUCUGGUGUGGCAAGGCCUAUCGCGCAAGCAAUGCCUCAUUCAAUCCGGGAGGAUGGUUUGAAGAGCCUUCACACUCCGCGACGCCUCUGCUCAACCUCAAGGUCCGACCCCGGAUGAGCAUCUAUCUCUCCAACGACCCCAGCGGCAGUCUCCUGGUCGACACAAGCGUAUCGCAUCGCAUCGGCGACCCCUUGCCCCUGACAGCAACAGCAAGCAGCAACCACAGCGCGCAGGCCUUGCACCUGCGCAUUGAUAUCAGCGACACCAACGGGACAGCACUCACGUCCAUCACCAACUACACCCUCCCACUGGACACGCGCAACAACGAGAUCCCCAUCCCAUUGCAGGACUUUCCCGCCCGACUCCAGCCCUACACCGUGACCGUCCACGCCACUCUGCCCUCGUCCAACGCGACAAGCAAGAACCCAACAACCUUCACCAAAAGCACCUCACUGUACCGCCUCCCCCGACGCACCGACGGGGGCAGCGCCACGCGCAUCGACAACCUGUAUGGGGGGUUAGCCUACCAAACCAGCACGGAAGAGAGCUGGACCUCGAUCUUCCCCUACACCUACUACGCCCAAUGGACUCUCUACUGGGACACGAGCCCCACAACCCUAACAACCUUCACCUCGCAAAACUACAACGUAAUCCACAUCGUGCCGACAGGGGCCCUCUCCACCACAACAACCGCCUACCCGUGGACCACCCUCGACCCGUACCUCACCCUUGCCGACCACACGCACCUAAAAUUCCAAUACGACCUCCUCUUCGACCCCACCAACACCAGCACCAUGCUCACGCAAGCCCAAGCCCUACACACACACCCCUCCCUCCUCCUCUGGUACCUGGCCGACGAACCCGACGGCAAGGCCACCCCGCCCACCACCCUCACCGCCGCCUCCACCACCCUCAAGACCCUGGACCCCUACCACCCGAUCUCCCUGGCCCUCAACUGCGCCAACUUCCAUUACGAAGAAUACGCCUCCGCCGCCGACAUAAUCCUGUCGGACGUGUACCCGGUCGCGACGAACACGAGCUGGAGCAGCGUGUACGACACCCCGUGCAACGCGACCUACGGCUGCUGCGGGUGCGACGACUGUUCCGGAAGAUUCGAGGACAUCGCGGCCCGGCUGGACACCUUCCGGGGCUUCGACGAGGCCGUCGGCUGGGAGAAGGUGCAUUGGGCGGCGCCGCAGGCGUUUGGGAACGAGACCUUCUGGACGCGCUACCCGUCCGCGCGGGAGGAGGUGGUCAUGAAUCUGCUGGGUGUCAAUCACGGGGCGAUGGGGGUCGUGAUGUGGGAUUUCCCGACCUCCGCGGAAAUCAGUGCCGUCACUGGGGAAUUGGCGGGGGUGGUGACUAGCGCGGAGAUCACGGGGUUUUUGGUGGGGACGGAGCGGAGGAGGGUGGAGGUCGGUGGGGAGGGGAGGGCGAGGGUGGAUGUGGCGGGGUGGGUGGAUUGGAGGGCCAAGAGGGCUUUGGUUAGUGUCGUUAAUUUGAAGUAUGAGGAUACUGUCGCGGAAGUGGUGGUUGGGGGUGCGGGGGAUUGGGAGGUUAAAGCGGUCGAGAAGGUGGUUUGGGGAGAGGUGCAGUGGAGGGUCGAGGGGGGCAAGUUGGUCGUCGAUGGGUUGGUUGGGUUGGAGGUUUCGUUGGUGAUUGUGGAGUUGGUCUGA